AAAAAAAUCUCUCUCCGUCAAGCCUGGCGUGGAGUUUUUUUUUGUAUUAUUCUCUUCAAGGCACGAAUUUGCCAGUGACACCUCACGUGAACCUCCUUCAAUUUCGCGCACUAAUCCUAAAAGAAGGCAUGAAGUGUUAAAUGUUAGAAACACACAGAACCGCGUGCAGACAAGGAGAGAGAGGGCGAAAAACGAGAGAGCGACGCACGCGCUGUUCUAGUGCGUCUGUGCAAACACUGCGUUAAAGAGAGAGAGAGAAAAAAGAUCCAAUUUCAAAAACCAAAAACGUGCGCAGCACAAUUAGGCUAGAAAACCCCCUGUUUUUUCCACAUUUUUUUAAAAAUAAAAUAAAUAAAGAAAUCAAGCUGGCUCAGUGCGUGUCACCGCAGCCCGCUUUGACAGGUGCUGCUCAACCCGUUUGGAGGACUGCUGUCAGCAGCAGCAGCAAAAGGAUGGCAUCAGAACUGGCAAUGAGCAACUCCGACCUGCCCACCAGUCCCCUGGCCAUGGAAUAUGUUAAUGACUUCGAUCUGAUGAAGUUUGAAGUGAAAAAGGAGCCGGUGGAGCCGGAUCGCAGCAUCAGCCAGUGCAGCCGUCUGAUCACCGGGGGAUCCUUGUCUUCCACCCCGAUGAGCACGCCUUGCAGCUCGGUUCCCCCUUCCCCAAGCUUUUCGGCGCCCAGCCCGGGCUCCGGGAGCGAGCAGAAGGCUCACCUGGAGGAUUUUUACUGGAUGAGCGGCUACCAACAGCAGCUGAAUCCCGAAGCGCUGGGCUUCAGCCCCGAAGACGCGGUAGAGGCGCUGAUCAGCAGCAGCCACCAGCUCCAGUCCUUCGAUGGCUAUGCAAGAGGGCAGCAGUUUGCCGGGUCGGCCGGGGCAGGAGGCGGCAUGGCCGGGGAGGAGAUGGGCUCAGCAGCCGCUGUGGUAUCGGCUGUUAUCGCUGCAGCAGCAGCGCAGAACGGAGGUCCCCACCACCACCACCACCAUCACCACCACGCCGGGGGACACCACCCCUCCACCGGGGUCCCGUCCAACGCUAGCUCAGCGGGCAGCCACCAACACAUGGGACACCUGGACCUGGACGACCGGUUUUCGGACGACCAGCUGGUGACCAUGUCAGUACGGGAGCUGAACCGACACCUCCGCGGGGUCAGCAAAGAGGAGGUGAUCCGGCUGAAACAGAAGAGGAGGACCCUAAAGAACAGAGGCUAUGCCCAGUCAUGCCGCUACAAGCGGGUCCAGCAGAGACAUGUUCUGGAGGGUGAGAAGACGCAGCUGGUCCAGCAGGUGGACCACCUCAAGGCGGAGAUGUCGCGGCUGGCCAGGGAGAGGGACGCAUACAAGGACAAAUACGAGAAGCUCAUCACCAACGGCUUCCGAGAAAACGGAUCCAGCAGUGACAACACCCCCUCAUCCCCAGAGUUCUUCAUGACGUCGAGAAAGUUCCUCCAUCUGUGAUAGUGACCCCUGAACCCUGCCCCCUGACCCUUGACCUGGAGUCUGAGAAACCAUGACAGAGGAAUGGUGAUGUCUUACCAACGUCGCUCCAUGGCACCGGACUGCGACAAAGCACAACGUCCACACAACGUCUCCAAACCACCCAUAAACCAACCAACAGUCCCUGUACAGAAGUCCAGACAGACCCAGUCACCCAACACUUUGUCUUUCAUGACGAGAUUAUUGACAGAAACAAAUUACAACAAAACCUAACACCCAAGAAAAAGAAUUCAUGUUUGAUUCAACUACUAAAACUCCUGGAUUCCCUCUUCCUCUGGCAUCACCAGUAGCUACGGACGCAAUUCUGACUCAACAUGACAAAGAUACAGUACCUCCUCAUUGUAAAUAGCAUUUUGUAGAGUGUUCUAUGUAAUAAUAUGUAGGUUGGAGGUCUUUAACUGUAGAGGGGAGAAGUGAUGACAGUGAGUCCCAUUUAGCCCAUGAUGUGAAUGUAAAUAAUAUACAGUAGGGCCUCGUAUGAAACAAAACUACUGCGUCUGUAUAUAGCCACGAAACUAUACCUCUAUGUAUAUAGGCAUUACAUUAUACCUCCUUAUUUCUCCUACCCCCCUUCAAUCCCCCUAAACUAGCACAAUGAUACUCACCACUCCCUAUAUCUCUGUAGACAGACAUAGAAUAGAUAUAUACAGGAGGAGACUAGAGGCACAGAGGGAAGAUACACAGUGUGGGAUGCAGGUGGCAACACACUGGAGUGAAAAACACAGGCCCACUUUGGCUGGAACUGGUGAACUCUCCCUGCCACAAAGACGGUCAGAGGGGAUGUGUUGCCCCUCGGACCGUCUCUCUUCUCCUCUCCCUUUAGUGUUAAACUACCACAGUUCAACCUGUAGCCACAGUGUAGCUAUUAGAUAAGAUGAAUUUGUACAUGUAUUUUACUCCUUAGUGAUGUGACGGGUCCAGUUCAAAGGUUUGGCAGUUUUCUACUUUCUACUCAAUGUACAAACGUGAUUGGUUUUCAUCUCCACUCCCUCCCCCUCCAUUCCUGAUUGGCUAGUCCUCCUCGCUCCUCUAGUCCUGAUGAGGCUGUUGAUAGUCAGUGGGAAUGUCCAUCAGACGGCCUGUUGGCCCGAAGGACUCUCUGAGACCAGGCGCUCGCUUAGCUCCCACAGGCUGGCUGCAGUGGCCUGUUCUUUGGGCUGGUGGGGAGGGUAGGCAGCAGAAUUAGUUGUUGAAGUACAUACCUCCGAAACUCUCCAGCUCCGGAGCUACUGCACAGUACACUGUGGUGGCUGACCCCUGUUGCUGUGAACUCACAGACAGAGAGAAAGAGUGAGAGAGAUACACACACAACAUGGAGGACCCUGAUCAACAUUAUCUUUGUGGGAGGAGAGGACCAUCAGAGAGAUACACAGAAACCCUCCCGUCUGCCAAGAGACAAAUGAGAUCCUGCCACUCUAAAGAUGCUGCCAAGACCUCCACCAGAAUAAACACACAUCUGGGCUCAGCGACCCCCCCACCAUCUUUCCUGCAUGACCCCAGAGCAUCUGUACGAGACAGAGGAGGAACUCCAUACAAAUGGAGAGAGACAGAUAGAGAUAUCGAGAGGAUAAACCCCAGAGACACCCCUCUCUGCCACAGCCCAUAAUGAUGGGACAGUGUUACCAUGGGGACCAUGGCCCUGUAUAUAUAUUUAUAUACAUAUAUUUAUUUCUAUAUUGUGUGUGAACAGGACUGCUAACUAUCCAGAGUGCAUGCUGAUGUAUAUGUGGUAAAUACAAUGCUAACUGUCCACAAAACAGCACAGAUCUCCGCAAAAAAAAAAAAAAAAAUACUACAAUUUAAGAACGCCACAAUCUCCAUGGGAUGGUGACAACUGUUCAUUCAAAUUUAAAGCAAACACACCAAAAUAUGUUGGACUUGCAAUCUCUAUAGCUGCAAUAUUUGGAUGUUAUUUUGUGGAGGUUUGCGCACCGCAAGGGCUGUUUUCUGGACAGAAGAUGUGACCCACGGUGUUCUAGACUGGGGAGGAGGGAGCAGCUCUUCUCAUUGCAGUGGAGAGCCAGAGGGUUCUAUAAAUAGACUGUAUAAGAGAACAUACAGUAUAUAUGUGAUGAUUACACAUCUGUUUCAUGAGGGAAGUCAGACAUGUGGCUUUUAUUUCAGAGGUUUGCCAGGGUAAAGAGAGGUAUACACCCCUUAAGAGUAAUAUGAGUAAUAUGUUGAGAAUAGUGUUCUUGUAAACACACACACACACACACACACACACACACACACACACACACACACACACACACACACACACACACACACACACACACACACACACACACACACACACACACACACACACACACACACACACUAUAUACAUGCAUGCACACACUCGUAAACCCCACUGCCCCUUACCCAUCUCUCUUCUCUCAGACAACAGACAACCCUCCCUACCCUAUACUCUCUAAUUAAGUGGGAAAUGACUUCUGUAUUUCUCAGUUUAACAUCUCAAAUCCAGUAUUCCGUAGUCUGUAGUCAAACUGUACUGAGACAUGCCUCCCUAAUUACCGUCACAGUUGGUAAUUAGGAGCGGAGAGGGGGAACGAGAAGGAGAGAGAGAGCGACAGGAAGAGAGAUUCCACUGCAUUUGAAACAGACGUCAGAGAGAAUUACAGCCAGAAGUCAGGCACUCAGAGGGAUCUUUCAUAUAGCCCUGCUGCUGGCUAAAAGCUGCUGUGAUGUUGUGAGAAGAGACUGUUCCGGAGCUGACUUCUAUAGACACACAUUAAAUAGUUAUCCCUGGCUCACUGCUAUUUAUCUACAAAUGAGACUGGUGGAGAGCACUGAUGAAAGACAGCAGAGCACUGUUUAGUGCAGUGCACUGGCACAGCAGCAAAAGCCUGUACACACACACACACACACACACACACACACACACACACACACACACACACACACACACACACACACACACAUAUACACCCACUUCAAAGGCCCAGCCUCAUUGAGACUCAUUUUAGCAUCAGCAGUCCAAGCUGGCAGAGCUUAACACAGGAAUAGACACACAUACUGAAAAAUGCCCAAACUGCUCCGGCGCGCACACACACUGACACUCAUUAAAAUCUAGAAAGACACACUCUCACACACACCCAUUCACAGAAUAAAGUGCAUGCACACUUACACACUCUCAUUGAGAAAUACAGACACACUAAACAAACUUCCUACUCAGUGUUGGUAGUAGCAGAUUGAGGCAGUUAGAAACAGCAGAUGAAACAACUGCAUCUCUCUGCUGUCUCCCUCCCUGCCAGCACACUGAUAACUCUACACACCUCACAGGACUGGCAUAUCAAAGGCUUACAAAUGUCAGUCAGUGUCUAACAGACACCCAGACCCAGACAUGCACACUUCAAAAGCAGGGUUGCACAUCAUUUAGCUAACUCUCAGUUAAGGUAUUUGCUUUAGAGACCUACACACAAACUCAUUGAAAGAUGGAAUAUAUUUGCCUGCUCAUUUCACUCUGCUUCCAAGGUCCUCGUUUUCACACUGUUUUAGGUAAAGGGUGGUCAAGCAAUACAUUGGAAUGAUUUACACCUGACCUGAAAAUACUACACUGCACAGCUGUGGACUCUGUGUGCUCUGAGGGAAACUGUGCACACAGCAGAGAGAAAGGGAGGGAAGGAGAAUUGAGGAGAGAGUGAGUGUGUGUACACAGGGGUUAUCUUCUUGGUGUUUAGCGCUGCCCUCUCACUACUUGACCUGGUGACCCCUGUAAUAGAUAAACCUGAUGAGAUUAGACAUUAACAAGCUGAACCAUCCACCACCAGUGUCUGUCUGUCUGUCUGUCUGUCUGUCUGUCUGUCUGUCUGUCUGUCUGUCUGUCUGUCUGUCUGUCUGUCUGUCUGUCUGUCUGUCUGUCUGUGUCUGUCUGUCUGUCUG